AUGUCACCGUCACCACAACCUACGACUACAUGGCCAGAUUUACCAUCUGAGCACCCACUGUUGCAAUUCCAGUCCCGACUCCCUAAAAUCAUCGAGGAAUCAGGUCACCCGCACAUUUGGGGAGUAACACUGACCACUUCCACCCCACCUGCUUUCUCCACUCUUCUCAUACUCCAAAAAUACCUCAGAUCAGUAUCGAACGACGUGGACAAGGCAGCCGAGAACCUCACCAAGACACUGAAAUGGAGGAAGGAAUUCGGGUUGGAUAAAGAAGAUAACACGGUAGAAGAGUUUGGACCAGAUUUUGAAGGUUUAGGAUAUGUGACAAAAGUUGGGAAGAACGAUGGGAAGGAGGAUAUAGUUACCUGGAAUGUCUAUGGCGCUGUGAAAGAUCUGAAGAAACCUUUUGGGGAUCUCCAACGUUUCCUACGAUGGCGUAUCGGAUUGAUGGAACGAGCCAUUUCCCAUCUUCACCUUUCCACCACCACUAAACCAAUCCCGGACUAUGGCAAAGGUGAUGAUCCUCAUCGUGUCGACCAGAUCCAUCUGUACGGAGGUGUCUCUUUCCUUCGAAUGGAUCCAUUGGUCAAAGCAGCCUCGAAAGCGACCAUCGAAAUCAUGCAAGCUCAUUAUCCGGAAUUACUGCUCAGGAAAUUCUUCGUAGAAGUUCCCUUGAUCAUGUCAUGGAUGUUUACCGCUAUCAGCUUGUUCGUCUCUGCUGAGACGGCGAAGAAGUUCCAGGUUAUCAGUUACAAAGAGAACCUGGCGAAGGAACUGGGGAAUGCUGAGGAUGUACCGAAAGAUCUGGGUGGGAAUGGUCCUGAUUUAGCUACAUUGGAGAAGAGGUUGGAGAGUGAUAAGGCAUGA